GAAAUAAGAAGCUUAGACAAGGAAUUGGAUUCUUGGUUUUGUUUACUUUAGUUUGUUCUGUCUGAGAAGACAACACAAUUUUAUUGAUGAUGGAAACCUUGGCCACAUCUUCUUCUGCAACUCUUCCAUCUUCCUCUUCUCCCUUUUCGAUUUUCCCUUCAAGAAGAACCUCUCUUUUUCCUUCCAAGACUCUCCAAUUUCGUUUACCCUCCAAGCGUGAUGAUGCUCUCGAUUCAGACGCCAAGGAUAACAUCCUUCCAAUUAUCAAUGAUCGCUGCCUCUCCCUUUCGCCUCUGUCCAAAGAUGCUGCGAUGGGACUGGUACUGAGUGCUGCGGUGGGUAGAGGAUGGACCACUGGUUCAGGGAUGGAAGGUCCCUCUGUUCCUGCAGUUGGUAGGGGUAAUGAAUCGGGGAACAUCUCCACUUUCCCAUGGUCUCUCUUCACCAAAUCCCCUAGGAGAAGGAUGCUGGUGGCUUUUACUUGUACCAUCUGUGGCCAGCGAACUACACGAGCCAUUAAUCCCCAUGCUUACACUGAUGGCACUGUCUUUGUGCAGUGCUGUGGAUGCAAUGCGUAUCAUAAGCUGGUGGAUCACUUGAACUUGUUUCAGGAGACAAAUUGCUAUUUGAAUUCAAGUUUUAAGUUUAAAGGAGAAGGAUGGGAUGAUCUUAAGUUUAGGUAUAUGGAUGAUAACGAUGACGACAAUGACAUAUUUCCCAUUUCAUAAGUGAAUUGUCAUAUGGAUCAUAUACCUUCUGCCUGAUUGUAUCGAAGUUCAGUUUAGAUGUCUUGUAUAUUCUCUAGGUUUUCAUGCUUUAUAGUAAAAUUUGUACGGGACUCGUACAGUAACAUGUUUAUAUAUAGCUUUGAACUCAUUUGUAUGAUUAUCAAUUUGAAAAUGUACAAGACAUUAAAUAAAUUUUUCCUUUGAUUUCUGCCA